UAAUACGCCAAAGCACAUCCGUAAAACAACAGUGGCUUUUCUCAACGAACGCCAAGCCGCGCAUCACGCUUGGUGCGUUUACGGCCACCCAAAAACUGAAUUACACUACACUAUCCACAGCCAGUGAACCUCUCCUACAAGAUAGCUGGUAAAUAUACUACGAAGGACUACAAUAAUAACAACAUAAAUAACAUUAUAUGUAGUAUAUGUAAGUAUAUUGUCAUUAAAAAAGCUCACUGUGUGCUCCGGUGCAGUAGGUGGCUGUAUGCAAUUUACAUGGUAGCUUACCGGUUGAAAAAAUGGAGACGAAAAAGGAGAUACAGACACAGAAGAACUUUCGCAAUUGAAUUGUAGCAACGAAGAACAUGUUCUCUUCGAAAACAACAACUAUACACAGGCUACUACAAUUGAAUCAGUCAAGUAGAUGCCUUGUAUCGGCGAGGAGCUGCCCACGACUGGUUUUGGGCAUUGAGACAAGUUGUGAUGACACAGGGGCGGCUGUUGUCGAUGAGACUGGGACUGUACUGGGGGAGUCUCUACACUCACAGAAAGAGGUGCAUCUGAGGGCAGGGGGUAUCAUUCCCACUGUGGCACAAAAGCUCCAUAGGGAACACAUUGAGCAUGUAGUCAAGGAGGCUUUGGAGAGGAGCGGUGUGAACCCAAGCCAGCUGUCAGCUGUGGCCACCACAGUGAAGCCAGGUAUGGCACUGAGCUUGGGCAUUGGUCUCGAGUUCAGUCGGAGGUUUGUGAGGCAGAACAACAAGCCCUUCAUCCCCAUCCACCACAUGGAAGCCCAUGCCCUCACUGUCCGGAUGUUAGAGCCCGUUUCUUUCCCAUUCCUGGUAUUACUUAUUUCUGGUGGCCAUUCCCUUCUUGCUGUAGCUCGCGGAGUAGACGACUUCCUUCUUCUGGGUCACACUCUGGAUGAAGCUCCCGGUGAUUCGCUAGAUAAAGUAGCAAGACGUUUGUCACUUAUAAGACACCCACAGUGCUCCACACUGAGUGGAGGACAAGCACUAGAACUCCUGGCUAAAGAUGGUGACAGGACAAAGUUUUCUUUCAAGACUCCUAUGGGACAAAGUUAUGAUUGUUGCUUUUCUUUUGCUGGCCUUCGAAAUCAAAUUAACAUGACGAUAAUGAAAAAAGAAGCAGAGGAAGGUAUUGAACGUGGAAGUCUGCUGUCAUGCGUGAAUGAUAUCGCAGCUGCGACACAGCACACAGUUGCCUGUCAUCUUGCAAAACGCACGCAUCGGGCCAUCUUGUUUUGUAAGGCCAAUGGACUGCUGCCGUCACUCAGUCCUACAUUGGUACUGUCUGGAGGAGUUGCAAGCAAUCAGUACAUUCGCAAGGUACUGCGCAUCAUCACUGAUGCAACGGGCCUUUGUCUGCUGUCCCCUCCUGCCAAAUACUGCACUGACAACGGAGUGAUGAUUGCUUGGAAUGGUGUUGAGCGACUCAGGGAAGGAAGCGGGGUACUCCCUCCGAAUGCAGAGAUAAGCUAUGAGCCCAAGGCACAACUGGGUGUUGACCUCACAGCAGCCGUGAAGGCAGCAGCUAUUAAGUUACCACCGGUCAGGAUGAAAAUGUAAACAUUGUCAGAAUCAAUGGUGUAUGAUACACUGUGUAUGUAUUUUGUGCAUAUAACUGUAUACAGGAAAAUUACAGAGA